AUGAGUUCAGUAGCAAGUGAAAAUGAUGAGAUGAUUGAUUUGGACUCGUUUGACUCAGAAAGUAUUCAAAAUGAGGAAGUUAAAACAAAAAGAAGGAAGCGGUCAAACGUGUGGGCUUUUUUUGAAAUGGUUCCUGAUUCUGAGAACAAUGAUGGCAAACCACGAGCCAAGUGUAAGAUGUGUGGAGUUAUUUAUAUGGCAGCAAGCAAAUAUGGAACCGACAAUAUGAGGCGUCACAUUGAGACAUGCCCUAGGAGAAGUUCACGAGAUAUUGGUCAGAUGAUGUUAUCACAAAAUAGUGAAAAUAUUUCGGUAAGCGCUCAUAAAUUUGACACUGAACAAUAUAGAGAAAUUUUGGUAUCUGCUAUUGUGAAGCAUGAAUUGCCUUUUCGGUUUGUUGAAUAUUCGGGGAGGCACUCUGAGGGUGAAGAUGACUACAUGAAGAGAAUGUGUUGUAAAAUGCUUGCUAAGUUUGAGAAAUAUUGGUCCGAGUUCAAUGUGUUGUUGGCUAUAGCAGUUAUAUUGGAUCCUCGAUACAAGCUUCAUUUUGUUGAUUUUUCUUAUACAAAGCUUUAUGGAGAAUGUUCUAUAGAGUAUAUGAAUGUUCGGAGCAAAAUGUCAUCUCUUUUCAUGGAAUAUGGUUCUUCUAGUGCUCCUACAACGACAUGUUCUACCACGACUUCUGAUAGCACUGAAUUUGAUACAUUUAGACCUGAUGAACUUUCUGGCUAUAUGAAAAAAAGUCAAUUGGAUCUUUACUUGGAUGAACCUAGGGCAGAAAGAAAUGCAAAGAUUGAUAUUCUUUCCUUUUGGAAAGGAAAUGAAUUUCGUUAUCCUGAUCUUGCUCGUAUGGCUCGUGACAUUUUGAGUGUUCCAGUUUCUACAGUUGCAUCUGAAUCUACUUUUAGUGUUGGUAGGCGUAUCAUUGAUCAGUUUAGAAGUGCACUAAAAGCAGAUAUUGUUGAAGCAUUAGUUUGCACUAGAGAUUGGUUAUAUGAAAUACAAGAAGAAGUUAAAUUGGACGAGUUAACUGAAGAUGUAAUGGAGUUGGAGAACAACAAGGGCAAGGGCUUGGAGGACGCUCCACCUCAUUCUUCAUCUUCUAGAUUUGUUUAG